UUGAGUGUCAGGAUGCAUUUACGAAUGGUAAAAGUCUUACUAGGCGGUCGUUUACCGUACGGAGUUGGUCUACAAUUACAAAAGGCUUUAUCAGAUCAUCAUCAUAAACAUUUGGACGCAGUAGCAAAUACGCUAUUGCUCUUGGAGCAUGAGCCAGUGUACACGGUAGGGAUACGGAGCAAAGGAUAUACGGAGGAAGACGAGAAGAAGCUGAGGAGCCUCGGUGCAGAAUUCUGGAGAACAAACCGCGGUGGGCUAAUCACCUUCCAUGGACCCGGUCAAUUGGUGGCUUAUCCAGUGCUCGACCUUAAACAAUUUCAUACCAGUAUCAAGUGGUACGUGCAUGAAGUGGAACGUAUGGUGAUCCGCGUGUGCGCCGAGCUUGGUAUUAAGGCCGAGACCUCACCUGACACAGGAGUCUGGGUCGGUGAUCGCAAGAUCUGUGCCAUAGGCAUUCACGGUAGCCGUUACAUUACCACCCACGGCCUCGCGCUCAACUGCAAUACUGAUCUCAAGUGGUUCGAUCACAUUGUGCCCUGUGGCAUCGAAGGCAAGAGUGUGACCAGCAUCUCUAGGGAGCUGGACAUGGAUGUUACGAUCGCAGACGUGCUACCAAUUUUUAGAAACGCUUUCAGUGAUCAGUUUGAGUGCGAACUGAUUGAGUAUCCGCUCGGCGAGGCUUCGCAGCUUCUACGAGAUGCACGCUGUAGCGUUUUAAAAGUAUGAUAAUUGUGAAAAUUGAAUUUUAAGAAACAAAGUAACUUACGCAUUUUAACAAAAAUGUGUUUUAAUACGUAGCUUUUUCUUGACUCCGUCAGAAUAAGACGAUAAUCUAAUGAAUGUUGUUUAUAGAACUUUGGAAAAUAAGAUAUCAGGGUGUCGAGUCCUUGAAUAUAUUCUUGAAUCCUAGAAUUAUACUGGAAUUUAAUGUAUUCUGGAAAAUUCCCGAAAAACCCCUGGAAUUUCAGGAUUGACUUGGAAUUAAAAAAAUUAGAUCGCAAAAAAAGAAAGAAUUUGUUCCGAAUUUGUUAGCAUUUUAAUUCAUUCGUCAUAUAGAAUCUUAACUUGAUAGUUGUAACUUGAGUAUAGUAAAGGACUCUUAUAAUAAUAAUAGAGUUAAUAUAUCAA